AUGUCUAAAAUUCAGGAUCUCUUUAGAAGUAUUGAUAUUUAUGGGUAGAGGAUAGAUAUCAACUUUUAAAAUAAGUAAGUUUAUAAAACAAUUUAUGGCGGUGCUAUUACGUUCAUUAUUGGAAUAUUUUUUAUUGUGGGUUGUUGGUUUUUUGGCGAUUAGCUCAUUAACAGACGAAAUCCUUCUGUUAUCUUUUCAGAAAGAUAUGUGGAAUAAGCCUAAAGGAUAAAUAUAACGAGCGAUAAUUUAAUUAUAAUGUUUGGAGUUUCUGAUAAGCAAUCUCAGUUGUGGGUAGAUCCCACCAUAUUUUAAUUAAGGGCAGUAUAAUAAAUUUUACAAUUAAAUAAUAAUACCUAAAAUGGUUAAUAUGAAAGAAAACUUAUAUCUGUAAAUAAAACUAUUAAAAUUUGUGAUUAAAGUGAUAUUGGAAUUCCAGAAGUCUAUAAUUACUUUAGUAAACUUAGCUUAAAUAAACUAUUUUGUUUUGAAAAAGGUCAAGAUCUCUACAUGUAAGGAGACUUCGAUGCUCAAUAAUUUGCAUAGUUGUAUGUCUAUAUUGAAAAAUGUUAGAAUAACACUAGUGAAGUAGUAUGUUAGCCAAUAGAUGUUAUUAAUUAAAAGCUUUAGCUCAUAAAUAUUGAUAUGUUUCUUUCAAAUACUAUUAUAGAUCCUUUGAAUUAUAGUAAUCCUUUCUCAUUUAGAGGGAUGAAUUAAUAUUCUUCAGCAUCUUCAGUGUUCCCAAAAGAACUCCAACUUUACUACACAAAUUAUUACAUUUAAGAUGACGUUGGUUUGCUCUACACAUAAAAGGAAGAAAAACACAAAUUUCUAUUUACAGGUAAGCAGGAAACUACUUAUUUUGGGGAUUAUAAUGUCCUUGCUCGUAUUUUAAUAAGAAUAUAAAAGACAAAAGAGAAUUUAAUGUAGAGAAGAUACUAAAAAAUAUAAGAUGUAAUUGCGUAAAUGGGAGGAUUAUUGAAAAUUUUAUUUUUAGUUGGCUCGUUUAUUGUUUUCCCAUUUUCAUCUCUUAUCAUGUAUAAAGCAAUCGGGGAUAAUAUUUUUUUAUACAAAACUACUGACUAUAAUUAAUAGCCAUAAAAUAAAAUACAAAUUCAUUAAAACAAUAAAGUGAAUUUGAAUGAUUUUAGCUAAAUGAAUUUAAAUUUAUAAAAUUAACUGAUGCAAAAUAGUUCUAAAAAAAUCAACGAAUCUAAUUCAAAUUAAUUAUACUAAUAAUAAUAAUAAUAAUAAAAUUCUAUCUAUCUCAUUAAUCAAAAUGGAAAAAGCAGUAACAAAAAAAUAACGGAGAAGAAACAACUUGUUUAGCAAUCAACAGACAAAAAUCUUAUCCAAGAUAAUAAACAAAAAAAAAUAAAAGUAAUUUAGCAAAAUGAAGAGUAAAAAACAGAACAAUCUUCAAAGAUUAAUUCAUAUUAAUCGAUUUCUUACAGCUUUUUCGAUUAUUUCAAAAGUAUAUUUUGCUUUAAAAAGACGUUGAAUGAUUAAAAAUCUUAAUUAGUUUAGAAUGGAAUAAACCAAGUUAAAAAGCAGUUAGAUGUAAUUUAUUUAAUAAAUAAGUUGCAGGAAAUAGACAAACUCAAAUCUGUUUUGUUGGAUAAAGAUUAGAUAAAAUUAUUCGAUUCUAUUCCAAAACAAAUUACUUUAAUUGCUUCACAGAGUCAAAAUCCAGUCAAAUUUCAUAAUUUACAAGAAUGUAAGUCUGAUUCAAAUAAAGAAAUUUAUGAUAAGUCAGGAAAAGAAAAAUCAUUCAGCUAUAAUAAAAGCCAAUAAAAUUAAGAAAAUCAAUAAAAUUAAAUUGUAUUGUAAGCUCUUUAAAAUAUAGUAAAAAAAUAGCAUUUAACUUAACUAGAUUACAGAUUAUUUGAUAUGAUUGAUUGUGUUAAUUUUGGAGACAUUUAGAUAUCUUAAAAAUAAUAAAAUUUGCUUGAAACCAAACCCAUUCCUGCAAAUAUACCUAUUAACUCUUCAACAUAAAUAGCAAAUUUUUAGUCACCUAAAAGUCUUAGUGACAUAAGCCAGAUAAAAAUAUCUCUUUUUUAGAAAACAUCCACUAACAGUAAUCAAAACAAACCAGAGUAGUCAAAUACAAAUAAUUAAAUUAACUCAAACAUAUUUAUUUAUAAUUAAAUGUCAUCUAAAAUUAAUUAAGAGGAAGAAGUUCCUUAAAUUAGAUCUAAUUUAGAAGAUGAGACAUUAAACAAAUUCAAUAAUAGCUAAUCAAACUCAAUUUUAAACUAAGAAGUAGAUUUAGAAAUCUCAACUUAAAAUUUCAAAGAGCUUUACCUAGAAGAAAGCAAAGCUAAAUAUAACCCAAAUACUUAAUUUAAAUUCAAUACAAUAAACAGCAUAAAAGCUAUGCAAAAUAGCAAAAUAUUUAAAUAAAACUUCAAGCAGCAGUGA